AUGUCUGCUGCGGAGGUGGUAUCCCAUACAGACCCAGAGAAACAGGAGGAAGAAUUGCAGCAAGAAGCUGGGAAACCACAAGUGGGUGGCGAGUCAGGGAAGAAGAAGAAUGCCAAUUUGUAUUAUUACUGGCAUGGUCAUGAGAAGGAGCGGGCCAAAGUGGGUGAUGUUGCACCAAUGCCAAAGCCAGUGUUGGUGAAUAAAACAGAUGAGAGUUCCCCCUCCGCAGCUGUAAUGACUUACCCUAUCACCAAGUACAGUUGGGGCGAUGGAGAGAAGGCUGUUACUGUUUAUGUGGAUACAAAGUUGGAUGGGAAAGAAACCAUGGCACCCGAUACGUUGGAAGUGGUGUUUAACAAGCGAAAGCUAACUGUGGUGUACAUGGCAAAUGUGGAGAAAUCUGCAACUGAGGUGGUACAACGAAAGAAACAACUUCUUCUCCGUCUUUCCAAGACUAUUAAAGCGAAUGAAAGCAGUUACAAGAUAAAGGAUGCUACGGGGCAGAUUGUUCUUCGACUUGUGAAGGAAGAACCCACCUCGUGGUGGGAACUGGUGGACAAAGAUGCUAAAGCGAGUAACGACGACUCGGAUGAUGAGGAUGCCCCAUCUUCUUUACCAAAAGAGGAUGAACUGGAGUAA